AUGGCUCCGAGCUCGCAUUUCUGUCGCUCCGCCUGCCCUCCAUCAGAUACAGGGCCUGCCUACUACAGCCCUCCAUCAGAAACAGGGCCCCCCUACUACAGCCCUCCAUCAGAUACAGGGCCCCCCUACUACAGCCCUCCAUCAAACACAGGGCCCUCCUACUACAGCCCUGCAUCAGAUACAGGGCCCCCCUACUACAGCCCUGCAUCAGACACAGGGCCCACCUACUACAGCCCUGCAUCAGACACAGGGCCCCCCUACUACAGCCCUCCAUCAGACACAGGCCCUCCAUCAGAUACAGGGUCCCCCUACUCCAGCCCUCCAUCAGACACAGGGCCCCCCUACUCCAGCCCUCCAUCAGACACAGGGCCAACCUACUCCAGCCCUCCAUCAGGCACAGGGCCCACCUACUACAGCCCUCCAUCAGAUACAGGGCCUUCCUACUCCAGCCCUCCAUCACAUACAGGGCCCCCCUACUACAGCCCUCCAUCAGACACAGGGCCCCCCAACUACAGCCCUGCAUCAGAUACAGGGCCCCCCUACUGCAGCACUCCAUCAGACACAGGGCCCACCUACUACAGCCCUCCAACAGACACAGGGCCCUCCUACUACAGCCCUCCAUCAGACACAGGGCCCACCUACUACAGCCCUCCAACAGACACAGGGCCCUCCUACUACAGCCCUCCAGCAGAUACAGGGCCCACCUACUACAGCACUCCAUCCGAUACAGGGCCCUCCUACUACAGCCCUCCAUCAUAUACAGGGCCCCCCUUCUACAGCCCUCCCCCUCCAUCAGAUACAGGACCCCCCUCCUACAGCCCUCCAUCAGGUACAGGGCCCACCUACUACUGCCCUCCAUCAGACACAGGGCCCUCCUACUACAGCCCUCCAUCAGACACAGGGCCCCCCUACUACAGCCCUCCAUCAGACACAGGGCCCUCCUACUACAGCCCUCCAUCAGAUACAAGGCCCUCCUACUAUAGCCCUCCAUCAGACACAGGGCCCCCCUACUACAGCCCUCCAUCAGGCACAGGGCCCUCCUACUACAGCCCUCCAUCAGAUACAGGACCCCCCUCCUACAGCCCUCCAUCAGGUACAGGGCCCACCUACUACAGCCCUCCAUCAGACACAGGGCCCUCCUACUACAGCCCUCCAUCAGAUACAGGGCCCCCCUACUACAGCCCUCCAUCAAACACAGGGCCCUCCUACUACAGCCCUCCAUCAGGUACAGGGCCCUACCAGUACAACUCUCCAUCAGACACAGGGUCCCCCUACUACAGCCCUCCAUCAGAUACAGGACCCCCCUCCUACAGCCCUCCAUCAGGGCCCACCUACUACAGCCCUCCAUCCGACACAGGGCCCCCCUACUACAGCCCUCCAUCAGAUACAGGGCCCCCCUACUACAGCCCUCCAUCCGACACAGGGCCCCCCUACUACAGCCCUCCAUCAGACACAGGGCCCCCCUACUACAGCCCUCCAUCCGACACAGGGCCCCCCUACUACAGCCCUCCAUCAGAUACAGGGCCACCCUACUACAGCCCUCCAUCAGACACAGGGCCCCCCUACUACAGCCCUCCAUCAGACACAGGGCCCCCCUACUACAGCAUGUUGAUCGGAGGUUUUAGGGUGAGUUGUGACAUGAAUGAAAUGGUCAUGUUUUUCAGUCGGCCUUCUCUGCAUCGAACAGUUUCUGAGGGAGUGUCAUCUGAUGGGAAACAUGACUCUGUUUUGCUCUCCGCUCAGUGCUGCCGGACCUGCUGUGUUUCUCCAGCGAUUUUUGGCUUUUGUCCCCCUUCUCCGGUCGAAGGAGAUGGUUCCCGGAUUCUCCCAGGCUCUCUCCCCCUGAACUGGGAUCUCCUCCUGCCUGGGAUUAUGCCAGGAGAUCUCUGA